AUGAGGGUUCCAUAUUUGACAAACCGCGAGAAAAUCGAGCAAGGUAUUCUAAAAGGGAUGAAAAGUCAAGAAUGCAGAUGGCGACCGGGCUAUCUCCAGCGACGUGUUUUGAUCGCAUUCAUCAUUGUAUUCUGCGCCGUCAUCGAAGCCUUGGAAGUCCUCAACCAUGUCUCACAAGUCAACUUCGGUAUCGUAUCGUCAGUUACGCGAAACCACAGUUUCAAGGGUCUUUGGAAUCCUGCUUCGAUCUUUGGCAUUGCUUCAAUGUUGUCAAAUGGCCGAUCUCUUACGCAGUCUCUCGUUGGGACUAGUGCAGUCACAUUGGAUGGUCUGCAAGCCCGGCUCGCGAAAAUGCAAUAUGUCUGCCAGGUGACUACUGAAGGACGUUUAUCCAUUAGAGCUAUAACAAACGACAGGUCAGCUCAGAUCUCGGCGCCAUUCCCAAAUCUCAUUUGUCGUGGCGCUAUUUUCUUAGCAAGCGCGUUGGUUGCAAUCGCCCUGGAGAUCGUUUUACGUAUCUCUCGAGCAAAUAUCGGGCUAGGGAACGUCAAUAACAAUGACUACCUACACUAUGUAUGGACCGUUGUUCCAUCGCUAGUUAUGGUAGCCAUUGGCCUCGCCUUUGGGAGUAUCGAUUUCAACACUCGGACUUCAGCGCCCUAUGCCCAAUUGAGACGGUCGAAAGGAGCAACUUUCGAACAGUUUAUGACAGUGGAUUUUCAGAAUUCUUUGACCACGACCAUUGUUGUCAAUUCGAUUCAGAUGAAGCAAUUUGCCGUCACACUCACAACGGGUGCUGCUUUUCUCACCUCUUUUUUGACGAUUGUUGCAAGCGGCCUUUGGUCACCCAUUGAAGUCCCCCAGAAGGUCGCCACGAACGUCACACGAGAGGAUACCUUUGACAGAUAUCUUUCCAAUCACAACAUGUCAACAGUUGACUAUGACACAGUAUCAGGUCUUACCAUUUCCCGAUUUCUCCUCCGGGACAAGGUCCCAUAUCCCAAGGACACGCCACCUAAUCUUCUAGAUGAGUCAUUCAUUGAUCUCUGGGUGCCCACUCUACGAGGGGCACCGUUCCUCGAUCCAGGAUCGUUCUGUGAGGUUUGCAUGCUGAGAGAGGGCAAUGGAACCUUCGGGGGAGCAUACAUGCUGAUGUGCUCCGUUGAAAAUGAACCAAAUUCAUAUCUAAAACCGGCGCAUCCUGUGAUGGCCUAUGUCUGGGGUCAGUCCCUGAAUGGUUCUCUGCAGCAUAUUGCAAGUUUGACAUGCGCUGCAACAGCUGAAGUUGUAAACACCUGGACGCGUUUUCGGUUACCGGAUUUUGAUAUACCCGACGACCACCCCCCUGUUCCAGAUGAGUCGUCGGCCACUUUGGCUGUGAAUCAAUUCGUACCUGUUUCCUCUUUAGUUUCCUCCAACAACGACGGAAGCAUCUCAGUGACGUUGGACUCUUUCUUCCAACACUUGACGACUGGAAGAUACGCUAUCCCCGAAGAAAGUCUCAGAAAUGUCCACGACGUUGACAAAGAUGUAAAGGCAAUCAAAUUCCAAAGUAAUAUCAUGACGGCACAGGAAUUUAACAUUAUGCGCACAACGAACACCUCGCGCGAUGUUACAUACGCAGGCGAAGUCACUGUCCCUAACCGACUUAGACUUAUCCAAGACGCUGUGUCCACGAGAGUGCUAGAGGCUCUUCUUGCGGUCAUACUGAUCCUCGGAAUCUCGGGAUCUGUCCUCAUGAAUAUAGAUCAUAUUCUGCCCAAAAAUCCCAGCAGAAUUGCAGCAGUUGCCAGUCUGCUGGCAGAGUCAAACUUUCUCGGAUGGUUUCGGACCAUCGGGAGCGAUCCAAAUGAUAUCUCUCUUGGACGCAAGUUCUUUUCGCAAUAUCGGUUCUUCAUUGGUCGACCAAGCGACUCUUCUGACCAGAAUCUCUCGUCACUCAAGGAUAACAGAAAUAUUGAUGACUUUACGAUAUACCUUGGUGGCCCAGUCAAAGAGAAGUGUUGGAACGAUAAGUUUAGGAGAAAGACUUGGUUGGACUUGACAGUGCAGCUUAGGUCUCUCCCCGUUCGUAUAAGUUCCCUGCGAGUAUAA